AUGUCGGCUGCUGGUGUAGAGGUUGCCAAGAUUACGCAUGUACUCCCUACGUCGCUCAGCGGGACGCUGGACGAUCUUGCUGAGCAAGCCAGGCGAGAAUGGACAUGGUGCUGGGACUACAGCGACCAGACUGCCUCGAACGAUGGCUUGAAGAGAUCGUUUCCACGCGCAAUGAUGGCACGGCAUGGUGAAGUGCCUCCCAGCGGUGCGGAGCCAUUCGGUUCGACCUCUAACUCGCCCGAGUACUGGCCUUGGAACCACAUGAUAGGCGGAGCAUAUGACAUAGCAACGACCAACUUUCAGGAAAUUGUAGCAAAUAGACUCGACGAUAUCAUGGCCAGUAUGAACAAGAUAACUUCACGAACUACAUCUUCCUUCAUCUCGACUGCAGAAGGUCAUCCUGGCUGGGGACCGGCAAACAUGGAAGAAGGUGACCGCAUCGUCGUGCUGUUCGGAUGCAGAAUGCCUCUUGUGCUCCGACCUGUUGGCGACGCUUAUUAA